AUGGAACAAUACCUAAUGUUACCUCGCACAUAUGAAGGAUUCUUUGAACUCAAUUUAAAUAUUAUAUCACCAGUCUAUACGCACAUGGUUACUUAUGAGACCGGACAAUCCUAUGAAGAGAUACUCAUUGCAGCACCAAACAAUGAUAUUGUACUAUCAGCGUCGUUAUGUGACGAAUCAAAAACAAGUAUUGAAGGUGGUGAUUUUGUAUAUUUCGAUCGUGACCGAAAUUUAUGGCGGUGCCAUUUUGCGCCACAAAAAGUUGGAAAUCAUACAAUUUUGGUAUUUGGUGGUAAGAAAGAUGAUUCAAAAAGAUUUACUUCAAACUGUACUGUCGAGUUUACCUUUGAUAUUGAUCACCUUCCUGCAACACCCAUCUCAUAUCCUUUAACAUGGUCGCAUUUUUUUGAUUAUCAGCUUGAAAUUAUUAAGCCAGUCAAUACUCGUUUUAUUGACUGGCCACCAGACAAGAAUAGUCCCUACUGUGAAAUUCUUGUUCGUUCUCCUGAUGAUAUUCACGUCUCAGCAAAGAUCGCAGAUAGUCUUAGUAGUAAAACCAUAGAAAAUGGGCACUUGAUCAAUUUUAAUAAUCAAGAAUCGUUGUGGCAAUGCCUCUUCGCUCCAUCGAUGAAUUAUUCAUCAUAUAAAUUAACAUUAUUUGCUAAGCGUUUCAAUGAAAAUCAAUCAAACUGUGUCGUUCAAUUCGAUUUUAAACAACUUUCUAAGUCAACUCUUCAAAAUUACAUGUCAUUUCCGAUUACCUAUGCAUCAUUUAAUGAAGCUAAAUGCCAAUUAUUUGAACCACUUGAUGGCAUACUAAAGCGUGGAUCAAAGAUAAAAUUUCGCUGUCGGAUUCCUGGUGCCCAUGUGGUGAGUAUAACUGUCGAUGGGCAAUGGCUAAAAGAUGAUUCAGCAUCUGGUAUGAACGAAAAUCAUCUGUUUCAACGUGAAAUUCAAGUGGGACAGAAAGAAGUGGCCAUAUGGGUCAAAUUCGAUAAAGAAAAGUCGAAUUAUAAAGGAUUGUUAAAGUACUCUGUGAAAUAA